CUGCGCCCGCCGCUGCCAUGACGUCCGACGACCAGCCAGAGAAAAUCCGUGUGGGCGACCUGUACUGGAAGCAAAUAGGGAGCAAUGGAUGGGUGCUGGGGAAAGUUAGUGCGUACGACGCCGACACCACCACCGCGACGUUCGAUCUCGUCGACGAAGACUCGGGCGAUGUGCUUCAACCAGUGCAACAGGACCUCAUCAACGUGACCAUGACGCCAAUCUUUCCGUCCAACCCGUUGUUCAGCACGUGUGCCGAUAUGACGUCGCUGCACCACUUGCACGAAGCCGCCCUGGCCAAGAACUUGCAGGACCGAUCUGUGCUGUCCAACCAGCGCCCGUACACUUUCAUGGCAAACGUGUUGAUCGCAAUCAACCCCCUUCGGUACCUCGAGGAGCCCGAUAAGGACGGAUACAUUGGCCAGUCGCUCGACAAGUGCCCUCCGCAUCCGUACCACGUCGCCGAGAGUGCGUAUCGGCAGUUGGCGACGGUGCGUCCCGUGAUGCAGAACCAAUCGAUCAUUAUCAGCGGCGAAAGCGGGUCGGGCAAGACGGAAACGUCCAAGAUCAUCCUGGACUUUCUCACGGUGCGCGCCAUGUCUCACCGCCAGAGCGUGGACGACAGCGGCAACGAGCCCGAGGUCACGCGCGUGUCCGUCCGCCACGCGCCGCGCGUGCUGUCGUCGUUCUCAAGCCGCGACGCGCCGAGUAGUGUCGUCGGGGUGUGGUCGUCCGUGACGUUGGGCGACCGGUUGAUGGAGACGAUCCCGAUCCUCGAGUCGUUCGGGAACGCCAAGACCCACCGCAACCACAACUCGAGUCGGUUCGGCAAGUACAUGCGGCUGCAGUUCUCGUCGCGGCACCACCACCUCACGGGCGCGUCCAUCGACACGUACCUUCUGGAAAAAUCUCGGCUCGUGCAUCCGCCGAUGGGGGAGCGCAACUUUCACAUCUUUUACGAACUGCUUCGGUCUGGCCGCGUGGACCUGCUGGACCCGCUGCAUCUGACGGCGUCGCUCGAUGCGGAACACAUGAUCGCGUCGUUUCAGUACCUGAACCGAUCCGGAUGCACCGCGAGGAGCGACGCUUUGGACGACGCCGCCAACUUCCACAAGCUCACGGACGCGCUGCAGCUGGUCGGCAUCGACGCCGCCAUGCAAGUCGACUUGUUUCGACUCGUGGCGGGGGUCCUGCAUCUUGGGAACGUGAGCUUUGUCGAAGAAGAGACGGAUGAAGGCACGACGGCGUGCAUCAGUCCGGGGCAAGAUGCGUUGGAGGUGGCCGCGGCGCUCCUGGGCAUGCAGAAGGACCUGCUGUCUUCCGCGAUGCUCAACAAGCGCAUCACCCGCAGCAGCAGCAGUCGCCGCAACUCAAUCUACUACCUCAAAAAGGACAUCCGACAGGCCACGUACAGCCGCGACACGAUCGCCAAGACCGUGUACGAGCUCGUGUUUACGUGGCUCAUGCGACGAUGUGCGAGCGCGCUCGAGUACAACGAGGCGCUGCGGGACGUGCUGCCGUACAUUGGCGUGCUCGACAUCUUUGGCUUUGAGGACUUUGAGCCGCACAAUCGCAACUCAUUUGAGCAACUGCUCAUCAACUACGCCAAUGAAACGCUCCAGAGUAUCUUCAACACGUGCAUCUUUCAGGCCGAGCAGGAACUGUACAAGUCCGAGCACAUCCACGUACCCAACAACGUCGCGCUCAUGUUUCCAUGGGCGUCUACAGGCGGCGACCCACUGUAUGCCGCGACUACUACUGCCUCCUCCAACGCCACAAAGUUGAUGGCAGAUCGUUUGAACGACACGAGCGAAUUGAUCUCGUACGUGGACAACCAAGAGUGUCUGAACCUCAUGGCGUCUCGCUCUGGAGGUGUGUUUUCGACCAUCGACGCGAUUUCGCGGUUGCCAGGGCCGUCCGACAAGAAACUCAACGAACGGCUGCACACGCUGUUCAAACGACACUCGUGUUUCCCGACGCCGCACCCCAAGGAAGCGCACGAGAUGUUUUGCAUCGUGCAUUAUGCGGGCAUGGUCAAGUACCACAUUGACUCGUUCAUUGACAAGAACAACAACAUCAUCUCGGCGCAGUUUGAGGAGCUCAUGGCCGCGUCCAAGUCGACGAUCUUGCAAGCCCUGCCAGUGUCCCCCCCGACAUCAUCAUCUUCGCCGCCAAACAGCAACAACCAACGGGGCGGCAGUGUGACGCAAAUGUUCUCGGUGCAGAUGCGGGGCCUCGCGAGUGAACUGGAAGGCACGCGCUGCAACUUUAUCCGGUGCAUCAAGCCCAACGCAGACAUGGAAGUGGGCAAGUUUGAUCGAGCUAGCGUCGUGGACCAGCUGCGGUGCUCCGGGACCGUCCAAGCAUGCUCCGUGCUUCGCGUGGGGCUGCCGACACGGAUCUUGUACGCCGAAGUGGUCGACACGUACCUUCCCGUGGUGGGCCACGCCUUGUACGAGAAAUUCAACUGCAACGAACGGCUCUUCACGCAAGCCAUCUGUGCGGCGCUGGCGUUCCCCACAGAUGCAUACAGACUCGGCGACACGCGGCUGUUCUUCCGCACAGGCAAGAUUGAUCUGCUGGACAAGCUUCUGAACGUGACCAAGAUGGAAGAUCAAAUGCCGACGAUGCUCGUCAACUACCUCGUCAAGCGGCGCUGGCUGUCUGCCGUGACCAAGGUCAUGGUCUUUAAAAUGUGGGAACGCGUGUUCGCCGAGGUCCGUUUCCGGCGGUCGGCGCUGACGCUGCAGUGCUGGUGGCGACAGGUUCAAGCGCGCAAGGAGCGCCAGUCGCUCGCCACCCAAGCGCGCGUGGCGUCCAUGUUGGCCAAAUGGACAAAGAAACUGAAAGUGAUGAAGUCAUUUGAGGGCAAACCCGACGACAAAAUCGACUUGCUCAACAAGUUGCUGGCAAAGCCCGUGGUCGCCCCCAGCCAAAAGUGGCUGCUCACGUGGCUCGGGCCGUUGCAGCGCGCCAUGUACGUCCAGAAACUGUGUCGCAAGGCGUGCGUGGCGUACCUGGCCAAGCGCGGCUUUGUCUGGCUGCUCCAACAAGUCAAAGUCAAGCGGGCCCAAUUGCUCCUUCAAACCCAGGUUCGCAUGGUGCUGGCCAAGCGAAGGCUGCAGGAACUCGUGCGCAGGCGUCGGGCGCGGGACCAUUGGCGCAAAGCGUUGUUCGGGGCACGGAUGCUGUCGAUCAUGAGUCGCCAGUUCCGCCGCGUGCAUUUGCAUCGGUUAGAGCAAGGCCAGAUCGAGCUCACGGCGGCCAACGAGGCGCUGCAGAGUCAGGUCCAGCACUUGACGGCCAAACUGGACAGCGUCGAGAUGGACAAGCAGCACCUGCAGCGACUGGUGACGUCCACGGCCGCGUCACUAGCUGAGCGGGAAGCGCGGCUGCAACGGUUGGAAGCCAAGAUCCAGUCGGAGAACAAAGAGUCGCUCAUGCUGCGCAUUUUCAAAUUUUUCACGUGCAGCAGCAGCAGCAGUGUGUCGUCCAGUCGUCGCCAACGCAAACAAAGCGUCGACGAAGACGACGACGAGUCCGAGUGCUCGAUGACCACGUGCACGAGCGACGAAAGUGCCGACGAUGUGACGGUCCAGCGCGUGCGCAUCACCCCCCCGACGAAAAAGAAGCAGCAGCCUCCUCGCAACCACGUGUGGAAAGUCAGCCGGUUCUGCUUUUAACCAGAGUAUGUAGUGUACUAGUCGUCGACGCAUCAACGGAAGUGCAUCGAGAAUACGCUAUAUAUAUAUAUAUAUUUAUAUAUAUCAACACGAGCCGCCGCCGUCCAAGCCAGACCGCCGUUGUCGACUGAAGACCGGUCAAGAGAAGUUUGAAUGUAACUUAUAUACAUACAUAUAUAUAACCAACCC